GUAAAAAAUAAUUAAUCAUGGGCCACACCUUCGACACACCACUAGCUCGGCAGUCGGCACUACACGACACAGUUGCAGUAAAAAUGAGUGAGUUUUUGUGGAAGAAGGAAGACCUGGCUGGUUCUAGUCAUUCAGAAAAGAAAAGGAGAGUACUAGUCUUAUAUACUGGUGGAACUAUUGGCAUGAAGUGGACGGAGAAAGGGUAUUCACCUGUGAAGGAUUAUUUUGAAGACAAGAUACAGACGUAUCCAAUGCUCAAAGACACCCAAUACGUCAUUAGUAGUCUAGAGACGGAGAGAUUUGAAGGAAUCAAACCAAUACCACUACCUUUAACCAUUCGUAAUUACCGAAUACUGUAUGGUAUAAAGGAGUACACUCCAUUGCUUGACUCCAGUAACAUGUCAAUGACCGACUGGGCAUACAUAGCCAGUGACAUAAGGAAAUAUUAUGCAAAAUUUGAUGCCUUUGUCAUCCUCCAUGGAACAGAUACCAUGGCAUACACGGCCUCUGCACUGUCUUUUAUGCUAGAGAACUUAGGAAAGACCAUCAUAUUGACAGGAUCACAGAUUCCAUUGUCAGAGUUAAGAAGUGAUGGAAGAGACAACCUGCUCGAGUCACUGAUCAUUGCUGGGGAGUUUGUUAUACCUGAGGUCCUCCUUUAUUUCAAUAACAAGUUAUUCAGGGGAAAUAGAACGGUUAAAAUGAACUCGAGUAGACUCGAUGCUUUCUCUUCUCCUAAUUUCCCUCCCAUUGCAAGAGUCGGAGUAGAUAUAAAAGUGAACUGGGAGUCAGUGUUUAGGCCAAGCAGUACUGAGAAGUUUCAUGUUCAUUCAGACAUGAAUUCAAAUGUUGGGAUACUUAGACUGUUCCCUGGAAUAUCAAAAGCAGCUAUCUGUUCUUUUCUACAGCCCCCAAUGGAGGGCGUGGUCCUCCAGUCGUAUGGUGCCGGUAACAUUCCUGACAGUCGUUCUGAUAUUAUUCAAGAAUUAUCAGCUGCUACCGAGAGAGGAGUCAUAAUAGUGAACUGCAGUCAGUGCUUCUCUGGUUACGUCAGUGAGAAAUAUGCAGCUGGACUGAUAUUAAGAGAUGCUAAUGUCAUACCUGGAUAUGAUAUGACUCCAGAGGCUUCUCUUACUAAACUGUCUUACCUGCUCAGUCGGUCUGAGCUCUCACUAGAAGAGAAACGUAAACUAAUGGAAGAGAACCUAAGAGGAGAGAAGACGGUCAUUAACGAACAGUCCGACCCUCAGUCUUUAUUAAACGAUACCAAUUUAUUAAGAUCGCUAACAAAACUUCUCACUUCAAACACUGAUGUGAAGCUGUUACGUGAGUCAUUAUUUCCUUCUCUGCUCUGUAAAGCUGCUUCUGAGGGUGAUCUAGAAGCUCUGAAAACACUCAAAAAAGAAGGAGGUGAUGUUGCAUUUCCGGACUAUACUGGCCUGACUCCGCUUCAUUUAGCUGCUAGACGAGGUCAUUAUGACACUGUUCAUUAUUUGCUCGUUAAUGGAGCCUCGGUACACAUGAAGGACUCACUACAUCGCACUCCACUACAUGAAGCUAUAAGUUUUAAGCAACUCGAUAUUAUAAAACUCUUAGUACAGACUGGUGCACACAUAAAUGAGACCCCAACUGAGAUUGGCAGCAAACUAUGCCUAGCUGCUUCGGUGGAUGAUGUGAAAUUGGUUGAAGCUUGGAGACUGGCAGGAGCUGAUAUGAACUCAAAAGAUUACUCUGGAAAUACAGCCAGCAGUAUAGCUCAAGCAGGUUCUCAAGUCUCACAGUAUCUGGCUAAAAUCAAGUGCAAAGAAAACUAAGAUGUUUUAUAGUAUCCUAAAUAAGCAAGUAUUUCUCUUACAGUCAGCUGUCGUUUUUAGCAAAACCAUUGUUUUUAUAUUAAUCAUUGUAAUUGUUAUGUUACCUAAGGUCUUUGAAAAAAUUCCUAUUUUGAUUGCUCUCAUAA